UCCUCAGAUCAUCCCGAGCACAGUCCGGACAGGGGGCCGCCUCCACGCUGCAUGGGAUCACAUCUCUUCAGGAGCCUCUUCUCUUCUCAAUUUUGUAUUUCCUCCAGAUUCUCCCGGCCUCUCUGUGCGGGCUCAUGACGGAGCUCGGAUCUGCACGAUGGGGAUAAUUGUUACCAUGGUUCGCUUCAAAUGUGCGUGUUCCCGGAGCAGCAGCAGCUGAGGUUUUCUUCCAAAGUGCGAGUGGAUCGUCACAGCGUGAUGGAUCAUACACAUGAGAGCGCAGUGCUGAGAAAACUUUUUGUUGUUGGGAUUUUGGUCAACGUCUGGAUGAUGAGAGGGCUGUCAGCCGCCGAGAGCUUCAGCACAGGGCCCAAGAAGCCCUGCAACGAGUCCCGUCUGCAGUGGGAGGUGGAGGUCUGUGGGGAGGGCUUCAAGCGGGACAUGGCUCACAUCGAUCCACAGAACCGAUGUAACCUCACGCACUUCAUCAGUGAGUACCACCUCUUCACCCUCUGCACAGAGACAAAGGCCCACGACGUCCACUGCUACUGGCCCAAUCCGCUGGUGGAGGGCUUCAUAAUCAACAUACACAAGCACUUUUUCUCCAACUGCAGCAUGGAUCACGUGGAGUGGGUGGACCCGCCGGAGAACACACUCACCGCCCUCAUCCUCGUCCCUGUGUUCCUCACUAUGGCCAUGAUCGCCUUGGUGGUGUGGUGCAGCAAGAGGAGCGAUAACAUGGCCUAGGGAGGAGAGGAGGAAGGAGAAGGACUGAGUUCACGGUCUCAGCGUCUUUACUGAAACAGCACAGCAAACUGUGCACAAUAUAGAAGUGCAUGUUUGGUCAGUUCGUCAAAUGUUCCAUAAGUGACUCUGCAAACCACCACAUCCCACAGAGACAAGGAGAGCAGUCCCCGGUUAUUUUACAUAACGGGUUUGUGUAUUUAAAAAAAACUUCUUAGAGUUCAAACAUUCAAUAUGGUCUUCUUUUAAACUCUGUUUCUAUACAACUCAGUUGCUCGAACAUAUUUAGAUUUUCUGGAGUCAUGACUGUGAUUUAUACAACAGCAGCACUUUGGUUAAGGUCAGUGAAAGAUGGUAUUAAACCAGACCUGAGUCUUUCACUAACCUGAACCAAGAGCUGUGAGAUCUAGGGUGUGAAUACCUGACCAUAGCCCGUCGUCACCCGGUAGUGAAAUGCUAUUUAGGAUCUGCCGGAUUUAAUCAUGUUGUCUGGGCUAUCUUGAUCUAACUUGAUAUUUUGCAUAUGUACACUCUGCAUGUGCCUGUGAUCAGGGUCAGGUUGUGACCCAAAAAACAGAAUGCCUUAAAGGUUCAGGUUGGGCAUGGAUAGGUUUUUCUCAAGGGUUUGGGUUCGUACAGUAAAUUGUGGGCAAAGCUGCUCUAAACAGAACCAUAGAACACAUUUUAGUGAUAUAUUAUCUGAUAUGGUAUCAACAUAUUUGGGACAGAUAAAUACAAUUUAACACAACAUAUCCUCCUAAUGGUCAUAUAAAACAUGAUUUGAUUGCAAUUACGUUUCCGACAAACAUUUGCUGUCUUAAGUUGAGUUGUUUAGAAACAUAAUUUCCAAGAGAAAUGAAAGAAAAUGGGUAUCAGCAGUCUGCCAUAUAUAUAGUAUAUUUCCCAAAAUAUCCCCAAAUAAUUGUCUGGUUCUGGUUUACUACAUUAAUUAAAUGCACUGCACGCUGGGAACCCUCCUUUAAAAUAUGUUGAAUGUGGCCCACAGAGGAUGUUGGUGGUUUGAUAUUAUUGUCACUCAUCAGGGAACUGGACUAGCGGGACAAUUGACCAAAUUUUGGGGCAUUGCGUAAUUCAGCUCAUGGAUCUGGACCGUGGAUCUCUUGUCGGAUUCUUGUCGGAGCACUGUAUCGUUGUUGAAGGCCAAAGUAUCCACCGAGCAUCAGAGGCAGCAACUGAAAACUUUUGGACAGAAGACUCCCAGAGGACGCUCGUUAAAUAUGUGAACAUGAUACCACAUGGUGGCAGCAUGGGAGGAUGAAAAAGAGGACAACUCUGGACUUAAUAUUGAUUCUGCGAGUUGGAUCUGUCUGUUGAGCCACUGAACAGAUUGUUGCCACUGGAAAUGAAAGAAAAACCCCACAGGAUAUUAACCCAAAGACAAGGCAACACUAUAAUUUUAGUGUUUUUGGACUUCAUUUUCAUGUGUGACUACCUGAGCCCCAGUGGACUGUAUAGAACAGUGUAACUUAUCACAUAAUGUUGAAUAAAUCACUGUUAAUACUCACAAAGAGGGGUUCUCAGUGGAAACAAAGUACCUAUGAGAUGACAUUGAAACCUCAUUCUGUACAGUUAUACUCUGUCCGUGCUGUCUACUGUAUCUGCACUGCCUCUUCAAAGUUCCUCAAAGAGUGGAAUUGAACUUCUCGUGCACACUGUUGUGGUUGAUUCUCUGGCCCACAGUCCUCACCUGUCAAAGCUAAACCUAGACCGAUUUUCCAUGUUCUUGAACAGCUUCAGACAUCGGUGUGUGUUAGCCAGCUCUCACAUCGGCUGCUGUCUGUGGAAGCAGGAACUCCUCACUGAAAGAGAUUACAUACCAAGUUUAACAUUGCUGGUUUUCUCUGUCUUGACAUGAAGACAGCAAACACUCACAGACAAUUUUAUGACGCGGUGUAUCUGAGGUCAUCUCUUCAUGAAUGUUUUAGCGGAGCCGCAGACAUGUGUUGUCUGCUGCCUCCUGUUUCUCUAAAACAGAGUCGGUGUUUCGCAGGGGAGCGGUGAGACUCUCACCAUAUGAUCACAACCCUUUGUGAUAGAGAUGAUUCCAAGAUCAUUUCCCUCUUCCCAUAAUUCCCAUACCUAGACUUUGUGCAUUGGCCGAUACCAGAAAGAAACCCAACUUAUAUCACAUUUUAACAGCUGUAUGCUUCUAACCUUGUGUGGAAGUGAUGAUUGUUAUCAUUGUUGCAUGGCUCAGGUUAAACCAUUUGACAUACAAAUACAAAUACAUACAGAGAAUGCUCAAAUGAGAUGUCAGUGUUAUGGCCAAGUUGCAUACAGUUCUGGUCUCCCUUUUUCUUGCCGGGAUUUCCAGCGAGAAAUAUUGCCAAAUUGCUGACAUUGUAGCUCUUGCUUACGCUACAACUCCUGGAAAUCACUUCUUCUUUUUUUGCCGCUCCAAAAACUGUACUUUUCAGUGGCAGUACAGCGGAACUGUUGUUUGGGAGCGGCAAAGAAGAAGUGAUGUCCAGGGAAAGAAAAUUGCAGGUUUGUUUGGAUGAAACUGAUAUUUUCACCACUACCAUGGACCCAGUAUUUUCAACAGUAUCUGAGGCAUUUCCGGUGCUGGUAUCAGUGUGGGAACAUUUCUUCUUUGUGAUGCCGAUCCAACUAGUCAGCACAUAUUUUAUUUCUCUUGACAUUUCCCCAAUUGUGAAGACUCAUGUUUUCCUUUUCCCAAACAUUGUGAUGCACUGCUCUGGUUAAUUACUGAAAUAAUCAAUCAUGCGAUUGAUUAGUUCACAGAUCAUUGCGUCAGUUAUUUAUUUUUAUAUUUAUAUUGGUUUAAAAGACACUUAAUAACAUAAUAUGUGCCAUAAACAAUAAAAGCAAUGGAAGCGUAACGUGGCCAGAAUCAAGCAGAGCACAAACUUUAAUGUAAAGCCUCUAAAGUUGAGCAUGAACUACAUUUUCCAUUUACUUUUCCAACUCUCUUCAGUCAUCAGUAGCUUGUUUUAUUUUAAUGGACUUACAAACAGGAGUUUCAGUCAUGGUCAUGAGGUGCAUUAACAAUGAUUAAAAAAUGAGCAUUCAUCACUGUCAAAAGGAAACUCAACCAUUCCCGGCUCAGGUCAUCACAUCCUGAAAGGAUCAUUUUAUCAUCUGCUCACUCAGUUAUUUGCUGUAGAUACUAUUUAAGGUCACAAAUAAA